UGAAGGACGAAGGUGUUUGCCAGAUUUAUGUGUGUAAUACAAGACAUGCCGGGGAUAUUAAAAGAGCGGAGGGGUUCAUCCCCCAACCCGCACCAGUUGGCCUCACCAGGGAUGCUGAAACCCGCGAAACGGGCCACGCCCGGCAGCAUUCAUAGCCUGUACAGCAUUAUGUCCGGGCUCGACACUCAGCUGCUUCGGAACCUCGCCGAUGGUGACGUGAAGGCAACUCGUAGAAGGGACAUUGCCAGCAUGCUCCUAGUGAUUAUGAUUCCUAUUUUGGCCCUUAUUGCUCUCGCAUCGGUGAACUUCUCGGUGGUGGUGAAAACGCAUCAGGUUGUAGAUGUUGCUAAGGUAUCCAUCAAUCGGGAGUCCGAAAUGGCAGCAGUUACGUUGAACUUGCAAAUCGAGCGUGGGAUGACCGCCAUGUUCCUGAGCUCGAAAGGUACCAAUAAGGCUGCCUAUGGACGGAUGCUAGAUCAACAACUGGCGACUGAUGACUCCAUUGAGAAGAUAACAGCCUGGCCAGAAGUUGGGAUAAAUGUGAACAAUCAGGUAAUCAACAGCAGCAAUGACCUGAGGGCAUCCCUUCAGCUAUAUCGCAACAGAGUGUUAUCAGCGGAUAUCCCAUUCGAAUACAACAUCCGGUUCUACACGAAUGUCACACAUGCGCUUAUGCUCCAUUCCGAACUCCGGCACGAAAUGCCCUCAUCAUACACCGUUUGGAAAUAUAUGCUGGCCAACUCCGCCAUCUUGAGAGUUAGUGAUGUCGUGGGCAUACAGAGGGCGCUAGGAUCGACCUUCUUCACUUUAUGCAAAUUCAAUCCAGCAAAUUUUGUCUGGUUCAUGUCGCUGGACGGUGAGAAGCUAGCUUACUUUGAAACGGCUUUCCUCUACUGCAGAGAAUGUAAAGAGAUGUAUUCAUCCGCCGCUGAUGAGAAGCGAAAACUACUUUUGGAGAUAGAAACAAAAAAGUCGCUGAUCGGCGAUGAGGCUUGGCAGGAAAAUUGUACAAAAUACGACGCCGUGACAAUUUUUUCGAAUAGUCAGGCCUGGUUUGAGGAUGUCACCGAUUAUAUCAGCAUCUUAGUGAAAGUUCGCCUGCACGCAAGAGAUCUCACAAUUGCUGCUUUGGGGGAUAUAGCCAAAAGUGCUGACACUAGCCUUACAUCUUACAGCGUGGUCAUUAUUAUCAUAUCGCUUUGUAGUUUGGGAAUCGGUUACUUUUACACCAUGAAUGUCCAAAAAAUCGUCAGCAGCGUCAGGAAAUAUACGUUGAAUCUUCGUGAUAAAUCAUUAGCUUUGGCCUCCGAGAAAAAACAAACGGAAAGACUGCUUCAUCUGAUGCUACCGAAGGCAGUAGCAGAUCAGCUGAAACAAGGGACCUGCGUCGCGGCCGAGCACUUCGAUUGUGUGACCGUCAUGUUCAGUGACAUCGUGGGUUUCACCAAGUUUGCCUCAUCUGUUACGCCGCUGCAAGUGGUGGAUGUCCUGAAUAAUCUCUACGGGCUUUUGGACGACCAAGUUGACAAAUACGACGCAUAUAAAGUCGAGACAAUCGGCGACGCGUACAUGAUAGUGUCGGGGGCUCCACAGAGAAAUGGUGACCAGCAUGCCAUGGAGCUAGCAGAGGUUGCCCUGGCGUUCAUCAGGGCAGUUGUAGCAUUCACAGUACCACAUGCGCCCAGCUACCAGAUAAAAAUGAGGAUAGGCUUGCAUUCUGGUCCCUGCGAGGCAGGUGUGGUAGGAGUCAAAAUGCCGAGAUACUGCCUCUUCGGGACGACAGUAUUAAUCGCGGGAUAUAUGGAAAAUACUGCCAAAGAAAUGACCGUCCAUAUCAGCGAGGCGACGAAGACGCUAUUGGCAAGCAAUGAUGAGUACGAAGUCGAAGAUCGGGGACUGGUCCUUAUCAAAGGUCAGAAGAGGAAGACGUUUUGGCUAUUGAGUGGAGCUAAAGAGAAGUCGAAAGCUGGUGAUAUGCAUCAUCCCCAUUCCAAUCUGGAGGAAACGUGUGCUAUGCCAACUAUGAAAACGUGCACUGUUUGAAAUAAUAGCCAGGAUUAGCAGCCGCCCGAUUCCGACUCCGAUUACGAGUACGAGUCAGAGUUGGAUCCGCGCGCGAAUGUUCAGUUUGAUCGAUUAGCAACGUCACGAC